ACUACACGGAUCAUAUUGUACCUGUUUGUCUUCCGGACAGUUCACUAAGCGAUAUGCAAUUCGGGAACCGUUCAGGAUCUCUUGUGGGAUGGAACACGGCGGAGAGACUACAGAGCGUACAGCUGUCCAUCGUUAGGUGUUCGGGAAGUGAUGUGAGCUCAAAAGUGUUCUGCGCUAUGUCCGAAAAUGCAACUACCAACUGUGUUGGAGACGAGGGCAGUGGAUGGUUCCUCAACAAGAAUGAAGUAUGGACUCUAUAUGGGGUCGUCUCAGAACCCCGCAAAGGUUGCGACUACCAGCAGUAUCUUGAGUUGGCGAACGUGGCCACCUUCUCAGCGUGGAUUAAAAAUAAAAUCAACCAACAAGAUGAUUGAUCGUGUUUUGACGCGAGAUGCCACCAUCGAUGCAGCGAUUCCUCAGCACUCCGCUUCGCACUUCGAUGUAAUAACAAUAAGUUGGUAAUAUUUUUUUUCGAACUAAAAAACAGAAAUCAG